UUUGGAUGCAAUUCAUUUUUAUGAUAAGAUGAUGCAUCAUAUGUGUUCCAUAUAUGCCACCACUGCAUUUAUAGUGGAGAGCCAAAUAAGUGUUCAAUGCAUUAAUCACACAGCCUCAGUCGAAUUAGUGCUUUAUCUAGAAUAAAUCAAUACUAGUUAGUCAAUAAUGUGAAAACACAAAGGAAAUAGUCGUCUUUUUUUUAAGAAAAUGAAAGAGUUUUGACUUGCUAGAUUCUUCAUUUAGGCCUAUCUACAUCCACUAAUCUCAACACUAAAUGAGCAAAAAUGGUGGCGUAUAUCUGUCAACUGAUCAUAAUAAUAGCAAUUAGAUUAAGAUUUUAUAUGCGUUGGGACAAAACGCAUUUCUCCACCAUUUAAGAGAAAAUGUAAUUUUCAUCCCCCACAUAAUGACAAGCAUUUUGUGCAGCAGGAAAGCAGUGAUGUUCAACUUCGGCGAUUCAAAUUCAGACACCGGCGGCCUUGCUGCUGCGAUGGGCUACGAGUUCGGAUAUCCGGACGGCCGCGCCUUCUUCCAUCGCCCCACAGGUCGACUAUGUGAUGGUCGCCUUAUCAUCGAUUUCCUGUGCGAAAAUGUGAAGUCAAAUUACUUGAGUCCUUAUCUGGAAUCAGUGGAGCCAGAUUUCUCAAAUGGAGCCAACUUCGCCAUUGCUGGCUCAGCCACUCUCCCUAGAUAUGUUGCAUUCAGUUUGAGCGUUCAAAUUCUUGAAUUCAGACGCUUCCGUAAUCACUCUCUCCAACUCCAAUCUAAAGGUCAUGUUGUGGGAGAAGACGACUUCAAGAACGGCCUCUACAUGAUCGACAUAGGACAGAAUGAUCUAACGGCUGCAUUCAACAACGUUCCGUACGACCAGAUUCUUCAAAAGAUCCCUUCUUUCAUCUCAGAAAUCAAGGAUGCCAUGUGGAGCAUCUACCUCACCGGCGGGAAGAAGCUGUGGGUGCACAACACGGGGCCGUUAGGCUGCCUGCCUGAGAAACUCGGCACACUAAAGCCAACUGCAUCACAAGUAGACGAGCACGGCUGCGUUGCCUCCAUGAACCAAGCUGCUCAAGUGUUCAACUCACAACUGCGCGAUCUCUGCCAACAACUACGCGGCCAGAUGAAGGACUCCACUAUCGUGUACGUGGAUGUCUACUCCAUCAAGUACAGCCUCAUUGCAAAUUCAUCCUCCUACGGUUUGAAGAAUCCAUUGAUGGCAUGCUGCGGACAUGGCGGGCUGCCUUACAACUUCGAUCCUAAGAUAAAAUGUCGGGACGCAGGCUGCAAUGUGUGCGAGGAAGGGACAGGGGCAGGCUAUGUGAGUUGGGAUGGAGUUCAUUACACACAGGCUGCUAAUACAAUUGUUGCUUCUGCAAUCUUGUCAACUAAAUAUUCCACGCCUACCCUUCCAUUUAACUUCUUCUGCAAUAAUUAAUUCCAUACUUGGACUUAUGCUCCCUUGUAUUCUGUUUGGUUGUUGAAACUGGAUUUCUCAUAUAUAAGAUUAAGAGAUGUGCUAUAGUAGUUUUUAAUUUUCUGGGGCUUGUAGUGUGGAUCAGCUUCACCACAGUUAAAACAUUUUCUAGGCUUAUAUCUAUAUGUAUACUUAUCAUUAAAU